AUGAACAAGAUUGAACCAGUGGAAGGAGAGAGAUGUGACCAUCGUGGAUCCUCUGGGGAGCCUCAACAACAUCAUGAUGCUGACGAGGCAGAGAAGAGUCUCUCCAGAUCAGAACACCUCAAGAAACACCAUCAGAGACCCACAGGAAGGAAACCUCACUGCUGCUCUGACUGUGGGAAACAUUGCAAAUCUUCAUCAAAACUAAAAAUACACCAGCGAGUACACACAGGAGAGAAGCCUUAUAGCUGUGAUCAGUGUGGCAAGAGUUUUACUCAGUCAAGUAGCCUGGUAUCACACAAGAGAACACACACAGGAGAGAAGCCUUAUAGCUGUGAUCAGUGUGGCAAGAGUUUUACUCAGUCAAGUAGCCUGGUAUCACACCAGAGAACACACACAGGAGAGCAGCCAUAUAGCUGUGAUCAUUGUGGCAAGGGUUUUACUCUGUCAACCAACCUGGUAUCACACCAGAGAAUACACACAGGACAUCAGCCAUAUAGCUGUGAUGUAUGUGCAGAUAGUUUUACUACAUCAAGCCAGCUGGUAGUACACCAGCGAGUACACACAGGAGAGAAACCUUAUAGCUGUAAUCAGUGUGGGAAGAGUUUUACUCAGUCAAACAGCCUGAAAUCACACCAGAGAACACACACUGGAGAGAAACCUUAUAUCUGUGAUCAAUGUGACAAAAGAUACUCUCAUUCAAGUAGUCUGAUUAAACAUCAGAAAAUACACGCAGGAGAUCCACAGAGUGUGGAAUGAUCUGCAACACCAGACCUGGGUAGUAGAACACAGUGUGGAAUGACCUCCAACACCAGAUUGAUACAGUUGAAGUCGGAGGUUUACAUACACCUUAGCCAAAUACAUUUAAACUCAGUGUUUCACAAUUCCUGACAUUUAAUCAUAGUAAAAA